GAAAAUGUCAGCCGACGUCCGGACGCCCAGACUCUCCAGCACCGACGCAUCGACCGUGCCUCUCUGCGACCUGUUUCUCUCCACCCGGCCCAGGAGCUCCUCUCGCGUCCUCUAAUGUUUCUGCUAAUUGGCGGAUCCCUACGGAUGCUAGCGCCGAAGCGUCCGACGUCCCUCGUCGCGCUGUGCUUCCCUCUGCCCUGGCCACCGUGCGGCCUCGCCGUGCAGACUCCACCAUUUCCGCCGACGUCCGGAUUCCCAGACCUGCUAGCGCCGAAGCCCUCGGCUUCCGGCUCCGUUUCCGGCGAGAAGUCCCGUCACGCCUCUCCUGUUCGUACUCCCUCUGCGACGCCUCAAAUAUGUCAGCCGACGUCCGGAUGCCCAGACCUGCUAGCGCCGAAGCGUCAGCCGUUCCCCUGCGCGUUGGGUUCCUCUCUUCCCUAGCCUCCUCGUAUUGUCUCUGUGCAGCCUCGAAGAUGUCUGCUGAUGUGCGGAUUCCCAAACCGGCAAGCGCCACGUUCUCGCGAUUGCGCGCGUCCAGGCGACGGAACAAGUCGGCUAGACUCUCCCUCUCCAUAACGACUCGCUUUUACUAGCCCUCCUAUC